GAGAGAGAGAGAGAGAGAGAGAGAGAGAGAGAGAGAGAGAGAGAGAGAGAGAGAGAGAGAGAGAGAGAGUUCCGGUGAGGCUGUUAGUGGGGAAAUGUGGGAAGGGGAACGUGGAAGUUGUGGGGAGUGCGCUAGUCGUUGCUGAGUGAAGGCAGGUGUCACUGAGUGAUGCUCGGAUUUGGCAUUGACAGUGGGGGGAGAGAGGGGCAUAGAUUCCUCGUUUCGUCUGAUCCUGCGGGGCCAUGUCCGGAGGUGCUUCUAUUCCUAAGUUUUUUGCCGAUCUGCCUGCCAGCCUGUCUGCCUGCCUGUCUGCCUGCCUGUCUCGACUCUCUAGUACUUGCACUCGUCAUCAGAAAGUCUGUGAGCAGUUUAGACGUGAGCCAAGUACUGUCGGUGGACUGGUUGGCACUCAUUAUGCCUCUUUUGCUGUAAUAUGCCAGGUCCCCUUUUGCCUGGAGACUAUCAAUCAUGUGACAGAAGUGCAUUGUUUUGCGGAUGAUGGGGACCUGCUGCUAUCUGGUGCAGGAAUCUGUGCAUGGUUGAAAUGGGAGAGAGCACCUACCUGGAUCCAGAGGGAUCUUUGGAUUGUAUACCUUACUUUGAGUGCUCUCUCCUUGGAGAAGAUGAAUGGCUAUGGCUGCAUAACAACAACUGAGAGUGGCGGUUGCCCGCAACGCGAGCUAGAGCGGUAGCGAGGGUCUGAGCCUGAGGGGUCACACAAUGUCAAGUAGGGGUGCCAAACUUGUUAAGGAGAUUGAGAAUCGCUCAAGGUCAUUGAAGCCUAUUGCAUGCGCAUAACUGUUUGCUGUUUGUUGCAUUGAGCAUUUUAUCGUGAUAUCGGUGAAGAAAGGCGGCGUUCCGAAGCAGACGGAAAAGUUUGUUGGGUCAGGCUAUGUCUCAAGGAGAUUGCAGAGAGGUAGAGAAACAACCGAUAAUUUGGGAGCACACUGGUCCAGCAAUUAUAUCAGGUUGCAGUAUCAGUGAAUCCACAUUGUUCCCCCCCCCCCCCCCCCCCCCCCCCCCCCCCCCCCCCCCCCCCCCAAAAAAAAGGAUCCACAUCCCCGCACUAUUAAAACCGCUAAUGUAACAAACAUUGAAAAUGAUUGAAUCAGCGCCAUCCACAGUCCGACCGGGCCACAGCCCAGAUCGUCGCAGGACUGUAAAGAAUGUUGAAUCCAGGCCAUUGCGUCCUACUGGGCCGAUGGCCUGGAUCAUCACAAGAUGUCAAACUGCGUGGCAAUCCAGGACGGCGGCACUGUACUACUGGGCCAAUUUUGCCCUGAUGGACCUAGAAUAGGUGUACCGGUACCGAUAGUUCAGGAAACUCGACACCAUUUCUGCACAUCUCCGCAAAAAAGCGUCCAGAUUCAGGCAUUGAGGUGGGACUCUGGCAACAACAUUGGGGAGUUCGACGGCCAUUCCAAGCGUGUCCUCAGCUGUAGCUUCCGACCGGUGCGCCCUUUCAAAAUUGUGACAUGUGGAGAGGACAUGCUGGUUAAUUUUUAUGAAGGACCACCUUUCCGCUUCAAGAGCUCUCACAGGAUCCACAAAAAUUUUGUAAACUGUAUCCGUUUCUCCCCAGAUGGGAGCAAGUUCAUUAGUGUGAGUUCGGAUUACAAGGUGGUGAUAUUUGACGGCUUGACGGGAGAAAAGCUAACCGAGCUAGCGGAUGCUCACUCUGGAAGCGUUUAUGCCGUAAGCUGGAGUCCGGAUGGAAAGCAGGUGUUGACGGUAUCAGGGGAUAAGACGGCGAAGAUCUGGGACAUAUCCGCAUCAGGGCAAGGUAAGCUCAAGACGACGUUCACUUUUGCUGAGCACCCAGGCAUCGAGCACAUGCAGGUUGGUUGCCUCUGGCUUGGCAGAUACAUUAUCACUGUGUCGCUUAGCGGGCUCAUCAGUUACCUCGAUUUGAAGAACUCGAGAGUGCCCUCUCGAGUUCUCAGCGGCCACAGCAAGUUUGUCACUGCGCUCGCAGUCGUGAAUAAUGAGGGUGCGUCGGAAAUAUAUUCGAGCAGUUACGACGGAAUGGUGGUUAGGUGGAGGAUUGGCGAGGGAUGCCUCGGCCGGCUUCAGGGUGAAGGUCAUCGGAACUCGAUCACUGGGCUCAUCGGCGUCGAAGGGGAGCUUGUGUCCUGUGGGCUGGAUGAUACGGUGAGGCGGACGCCGUUGCCAGCAGAGCAGUACGACUACGGAGAGGUCUCGCUCGGCGUGCAGCCAACGGGAUUCGAUGUGGCCGCUAAGAGACCGGAGCUCGUCAUCGUUUCCACGGUGAAUGGAGUAACAAUGAUCAGAGGAAUGAAGGUGGUCCUGAAGAUGCCCCUGUCAUUUCAAGCCACAGCUGCCGGGAUUUCGCCAGACGGCACGGAGGCGGCUGUUGGCGGCGCCGACGGACACAUCCGGAUCUAUGAAGUGAGAGGCGACGGGUCCGACCUCGUCGAACAGAAGGUGCUUGAGCGGCACAGGGGCCAUAUCACGAUUAUCCGCUACUCGAAGGACGGAAAGAUGCUUGCUUCCGGCGACCAGAACAGAGAAGUCGUCGUCUGGGAUCGUCCCUCACACGAGGUGAAAAUCAAGAACAUGGUGUAUCAUAAUGCAAGGGUAACCAGUCUCGCUUGGGCGCCGGACAGCAUCCGUUUGGCGACCGGUUCCAUAGACAUGAGCAUUAUAUUGUGGGACACGACAAAAUCUGCGAUGUCCCGUGUCCAGAUCAAGGGUGCCCACCAGGGAGCAGUAACCGCAUUGGGAUUCAAGGACCCCGUCACACUUGUGUCGGGAGGAGAUGACACAUGCUUGCGCAUUUGGAAACUUCCGCCUGUUGCUUAAGCUCUCUGGUAUAAUAAUUGCGUAAUCUUGUACUACCUGCCACUGGGGGGGGGGGAGGGAGAAUCAACCGCAAAUAUGAGAGAGAGAGAGAGAGAGAGAGAGAGAGAGAGAGAGAGAGAACUAGAAGGUAGGUUGGCUGGCUAGGCAGGUUGCAAGCCUGGUCGGUCGUCGUCCGUCUUGUAGAGAGAGCGAGAGGAGGGGUUAAGAAGAAGUCAACCAAGGGAAAGAAAAUGGUACGGUGACACGUGGUUCCUCGUUAUGUGCAGAUGCGUGAGUGGGUCCAAAACCGGCCACACCUCGCAGUGCACACAGAUAUAUGUCGAGUGGGUCGGAAUUUAAAGGGUUGCAUGCCGCAGGAGUAAUGACGGGUGAAGGGAGGAGGAGCAGGAAUCGUUCUCCAGGCUUUGGCCCGUUAGCGUACGGGGCCCAACACACAUAUCCAACACAUAGUAAUAGAACAUCCGGCAUCGCUUUGCUUGUCAAGUUGUCAUAGGUCUUUCUUGACCAGAGGUAUGAUCUGGCUUUCUAUUUUAGGAUAGUUAGUGGCUACCAUUUGUUUGCCCUGUGCACGCGAUGCAUUCCAUUUGUAGAAAGUAUAAUUAAUUGACUCCUAGUUAUUGUUCAGUGGCUUCAGCCAACUUGGCGCGUUCUCGUAUUCUAUAAUUAUGCCAGCCGGUGCUGUGUGAAACAGCAGGCAGGUAGAGGUCCAAAAAAGGUGCCAUCUAGUGGCGGCGUCUACUAUAUCUGUCGAGUGCUUCGAAGACGAAGUAACAAAAGCUAGGCUGUUUGUUUGUUUGUUUGUUUCUUGGGAUAGGGAAGGGAAGCAGCACACACACAUUUUUUUUCGCUUACGGGAGGUACCAUGUUCAUUAUGGCGAGAGUAACGUUUCAUCGUCUUUGCUUUGGAUUCUGCACGCGGUGGAGUUGGUCUUUAAGUUUUGUUGUCUUUGCUCUGUGGAUUGUCGGUUGUUGCCUUCAUCUUUCCAUGGUUGGAAAGUUGUACUCUGAUCGCCCGGGGGAAAAUGCACACAGGUCUGUCGCGGGAAGGACGGGGUUUUGUAAAGAUCAUCAUGAUGGCGAAAGCAGAAAAUAACUGGGCGGGAAAGAAAAGAAAACGAGUUCGACUUGCACGAGGUGCGUCACGGUACUGCUCCAAGUUCGUAGUCUGUGUGUGUGUGUGUGUGUGUGUGUGUGUGUGUGUGUGUGUGUGGUCGUCGCCUGGGGAACAGUUCAAAGAUGGGUGAAUUCACUGAAUUGCAAUCAUUGACAAGGAGUUUUAAAUUUGUGUAAUCGGCACAUUGUCAAAGGUCCUGGAGUGCAUAGAGGGUAUACCUCAACUGGCUCUGUAAUGUGGCUAGAUAGAUCUUAAGUGGAGGGGACUAGCAAAUCGUCGAUCGUCUUUGUGAUCGCCUCUCGAUGGGUGCGAGUAACGCAAUAGAUCCCCGAUGAUUUGAGAAGAGGAAGACAUCGCGAAAGAGGGGCCCGGCUAGCAUGAUCAUUGUCUUGUUAGGUGCAUGAGACAUACUGAGUAUAAUUAGUAAUUUAGUACACAGUGGGUUAAAAUACGACAAGUCUCAAAAGCAGUACAGUGACUGUGGUGAGGAGGAGGGAUUUUUCUUUAUUUUUUGUUUUUUAUUAUUAUUAUUUUCAGAAAACGCCCCCUACAGUGAGGGAUAAUAGUAUCACAACGUAUGGACUUGCCGUGUUUGUUCGGAUUAACGUAUGGACUUGUUGUCUUAUUGUGAGUAUAGAGCGGAGUUGAAACCGA